GUAUGAAUAUAGAUGAGGCUGAAAACUAUCAUCUUAUCCACCACCAUACUCAUCACCAAAAUCUAAGAAAUGCAACUAUUUUUGAUAUGUGCUUAACUACUCAUGUUGUUUAAUUUGUCUAUUAUACAUUAUAGCUGCAACUCACUGCGGUAGAAAAAGCAGAAGCUUCUUUUCCAAUGGAGACACAAUUGUGGCGCAAUAAAACGCACAAUUGUAUUGGGAUUGAGACAACGAGACUCCAAAAUCAGCUUCCAUUUUUACAUAGAAGGUGGCAGCAACCUUUUUUUCAGCCGUUUAAUUCCUUAUUUUUCCACAGUGUAACUUUUCGAAGCAUUCACCUCAAUGCAACAAAGACAUUGGCUACAAGAAGGAGAAGAGCAAACAUACAGACAGAGACUUAUGUGCUAAUGGAACCUGGUAAGUCCGAGGAGUUUGUAAGUGAGGAAGAAUUAAGGGAGAGGUUAAAAGGGUGGCUAGAAAAUUGGCCAGGCAAUGAGUUACCAAAGGAUCUUGCUAGAUUUGAAGAAAUUGAUGAUGCAGUUCAAUACCUAGUAAAAUCUGUUUGUGAGCUUGAAAUUGAUGGAGAUGUGGGUUCCAUUCAGUGGUACGAAGUUCGUUUGCAACAAGACAUGGAAUAGUGACUAAAAUCAAGCCUAAGCUACUUGCUGCUUCUUGUCAUUACUUGUCGGAUUAGAAUGUAAUUAGUUGUUUCUAUCUAUUAAAACAUAUUACUAAUUCUUUCGUCUCAUUCUAUCUAUAGUAAUAAUUUAGUCAUCAUCAUCUGUUCUAGUGCUUAUAUUCCUGGACGGACGUACGUUGUGGAUAGUAGAUUAGGUAUACUCACUACUUUCGAAUUGAACUA